AAUUUAUAAUGUCGGAUAAGAGAGAUGAACACACAUACAUGGCUAGAUUGGCAGAACAGACUGAGAGAUGGGAAGACAUGGUAAUUACGCAUUUCAAGAGUAGGUAGAGAAUAUGAAGAAGGUAGCAGAGAUCACUAAAGAUUUGAAUAAUGAGGAGAGAAAUCUACUCUCAAUAGCAUACAAGAAUACAGUGGGACAGCGGAGAACUGCUUGGAGAGCCAUUACUGCCUAUGAAAUUAAGGAGAAAUAGAAGGUAACAAUAAACUGGAUAAGUGAUAGAUAGUGAAAUAUCAGGAGGUGCUCCAAUAUUACAAGGCAAGAGUGGAGAAGGAAUUAGAUUAUUAUUGCAAUGAGGUUUUGUAGUUGAUAGAUCACACUCUAUUGAAAAAGACAACGAACACUGAGGCGAGAGUAUUUUAUCACAAAAUGAAAGGAGAUUACAAUCGAUACAUUGCAGAAUAUUCAUAAUAAAAAGCUUAGGAGAAGGCAAUAUAACAGGCUCAGUAAGCCUAUCAAACAGCAUUAGAAUUGAUCGACAAGGACAAGUUUCCAAAAACCAAUCUAUUAAGAUUGGGAGUUACUCUCAACUAUUCUGUCUUUUGUUACGAAAUCAUGAGUGAUGUAGCCAAAGCAUGUGAAUUAGCUAAAACUGUAAAAGAUGAUGUACUCAUUCAUAAAUUAUAUGUAAGGCAAUUAAAGAGUUGGAUGACAUGGAGGAAGACUAGUACAAGGAUGUGACCACAAUACUGUAAUUGAUAAAUGAUAAUCUUACUAAUUGGUAGGCUGAGUUACCAGAUGAGGGAGGGAAGAAAUGAAC